AUUUGAAAUAUGGGUACAACUGACAGCAAAGAAAUUGUCAAGAAUGACCCCAGGUUUGAGGAUAGUGAGUCCCAACAAAAUGUUCAUGCUCCAGGCCCUUCACGGCAAAGUCCUGAAGAAGAGAAAUCGUAUAUGAAAUCAAAACCAAAUCAUGAGCUAGAUGAAGAGACUAAAUAUAGCCAAUAUGAGACUCCUGGUAAGUUUCAGAGCAAGAGAAAUCAGGUAUUCACUGGUAUGACUCGAAGAGUCCUGAAGAAUAAGGAGAAGUAUUCUUCAAGCAAGGAGAAGGCUCAUAUGUCAAAAAUUCAGGGAAGCUAUGGGCAAUAUAAAAAUGUUGAUACGGAUGGAAUCGAGUGGGUCAAGAAAGAGGAAAUUAUAGACACUAGGCUAAUUUCAUCAAAGCCUCAUGGCUCAAGAGCGCCAAAAGGGAAAUUUUCAGGCACAGGAUCAUCAAAUAGGACUUGGAAGGCAAGAAGUGGGGUGACUAUUAAUUUGCCACCCAAAGCUCUUGCUACUAUUUUGAGUUAUGAUAUGGCAAGUUACAGAAAGUAUAUGAGCGUAUGUGCUGAUUGGCAUGUUACCAUCAAGGAAGCUCUUGACCAGCAUUUCAAUAGGGUUGAGACCGAAUUUGUGUUAAAGUAUUACCAAAAUUUGCUAUUCACAGAGUCAUUCACAUCCUCAUCAGAGAUUAAAUUUUGAGGUAAAAGAGGUAUCAGGAUUGAUCGAGUUAUGGUCUGUGAUAUUCUAAACCUCAAAGAUCAUCUAAACAAGACACUAACUAUCGGAUAUACCUUCAGCUAUUAUGGUGAGCCAAAGGAAAAAUAAGUUCAAAGCCGAAUAUAGAAUUGAUGUAUGCAAAAAGAGAAACAGGAUGGUCUGGAUGCAUGUCGAUAGAGAAACUGGUUGUACCUACCAGCAAACAAUAUUCCAAUCUUGUCCUGAAGACAAAAUAGAAUUUGCACUGAGUUUUUAUUCUCUCAGAGGACUAGUUGAUGUAGAUAGUAUUGAGUGGAAUGAUCCACAGAUCUCUAAGACACCAAAGACCAACACUCUGAGCUAUAAUAAGGAUAUGAUGGAGAUCGCCACUGAUGAUCGAGCUAUAAAAAUAUAUGCUGACAUCAACAGAGUAUGAGAACUGGAAGAUACGGUUGUUGAAUGGUAUGAGCAGAAAUAUUAUGAAUACAAAUCAGAGAUAGUUGAUUUCUCCUUCCUACAAGAUUUAUUCCAAAUCAAUUGAGUUGAGUACUCUGGUGUAGAUAAUAAAGUGGUAAGACUCCACACUAAAGCUAUGAAGGAAGGGUCUCUUCCCUUUGCACACUUUGGCCUCGGAGUUAUUAUCAAGAAUCAGAAGGAUAUUAUAAGAAAUGAGGUAAAAAGGAAAGGCAUACUGUCAGAAAGAGAAAAGGAUAUCGAACUAAGAGUGGGCGAUGAGUUUAUAAUAUACAUUACUAAGGCAAAAUCUUCGGAGAAAUAAGACCUCUAGAAUGGAAAUAUUUAAUUCUUAACUGGCUUUCUAAUAAAUUCAACUU